AUAUAUUUAUUAAAAAUAAUUAAAUUUUCUCCUGGUGGCAAAAAGUGGAACUUAAAAAAAUAAAAAUUGGGAAUCCCCAAGGCCCGCCAUCUUUUAACGGCGCGAAGAAAUAUUUCAAACAUAAAUUCCACCAUUGCCGACAUUUUACAACUGAGAAAAUUAAAUUGUUGAUUUUUUUUUAAUCGACACAUGCAAAAGGAAGCAUUAAACUAUUAUUAUUAUUUUGUAAAAAUUAAUAAUAACCAAGUAUUUUUAACAAUAUUUAAAUUGAAUAAAUAAGUGAAUUUUUAACCAAAACAAAGAUGCUAAUUAUUUCCCAAAUUCUGAAGCACUGAGAGCUGACCAGUGUCGACAAUAAAUAAAUAUUUUGCACAGAGGUGUGUAUUUGUUAGUUUAUUGCUAAAUAAAUGAAUUGGUAAAUGAUCAUAAACAAAAUGCUGAAGCACGAGAAAUCGAAUUGCAACAAUGGUAAAAUAAAAAAGCAUUGAUAUUUAUAGGUUGAGACAGUAUGAGCAGACAUACGGAAAUUCGAGUGUAAAUUGCACUAAAUUUUCACCGGAAAAGGUUGUAGGUAAUUAGUGCUCAAAAUGAUGGCAUUUGACAUUCUGAACCGUCCAGGUGCUGCGAUAAUAGACAAAUUGGAAGAAAUAAGCAUAAAUGUCGAAAAAAGUCACCUUGCUUAUUUACAAAUGGAUGAGAGUGAGGAGAAGCUUGCAUUGAGACACAAACUUGAAGGCUUCAUAAAAGAAUACCUCCAUCUAGUGCCUCACGAGAACAAGUACGUGUUCGAGCAAACAGCGCACAUAUUGCACCAAUCAGCAGCAACCCUUCCUGACUUCAGCGGUUACCGAGCUUGUUCUGCCUGGAUCGCCAUCUCUCUGUACGCCGCGAACCUCCUAGCCCAGCCUUGGCGCAAAGAGUACCGAACCCUGCGAACUUACAGCGGGUACUACAAGCACGAGAUCGAGACAAACUUGAUAGGCACUGAGCUGAUGUUCGAGCUGAUGGGCUACAAGCCGACCCUACACGAGCGAGGCGUGAUGACUCUCGAAGGACCCAUAGAUCCCGACCGAGUGUCCUUCGUGAGCCGUGACGCGAUCGUCGCCUUCGUCGAGUGCCAGAUAAUGAAGCAGAUCUGGGAGAACGUGUCGCAAACCUUCACCGUUUCUUGGUUAGAAGUCCUCGAGUUCCGCGAAAAACACGUUGGAACUCCUGAGAAUGCAAUCCGCGCCCUCAAUCACAGGUUCUGGGAACGGUGCCAACAAAGACGCAAGAACUACGACUUGCAUUACGCGCAACCUGCAAUUAUAAAUUCUCCAAUUAAUGAAUAUCAAACUGGAAUUAAAUAUCCUAUUAAUUACAGACCUGAUGUCAUUCCGGUUCCUGGAACAAGAAUAUUUCCUGGAACAGAAGUUCCGGUUCCUGGAACAAGAAGUUCAGUUCCUGGAACAGGAGUUCUAGGAACUGGAAUAAGAAGCACCGUUCCUGGAACAGCAGUUCUAGGAACUGGAACAAGAAGUACCGUUCCUGGAACAGGAGUUCUAGGAACUGGAAUUCCACGUGUUCCAAUACUCCCUCUGGCGGCGAACUAUGUUCCAGAUAAUUAUCAGUACGAAGAUUUAAGGCACUUUGAGUCUGAUUUAAACAAUCACUACAAUCAAGUCUACGGAGUUCCAACUUACGCGCAUGCGCCGCUAAUUGAGUUCGAUGGUUCCUACGAUAAGCGGAGCCACCGUCGCAGCAAGUCUUCAACGACGGCCAUUAAGCCGCCUGAUCAGUUCGACGGAGGGAACAAAUCUUCGCCGAUAAAAACUUCAAUGAGUCUUGAUUCUGCGACGGCUUCCGAUUCUUGGGAUUUUGUAUAUCGCAGCCUGAAGGAUGUUGGGUACUCUAAAGAUGUCGCUGAGAGAGAAGACGUUCUGAGGAACGAAAGGCAGAGUAAACGAAGAGAGAGUUCUGACAAGUUCGAGGAACGACGUCGUUCCAGAAGUUCCAAGAACGCGAAUUAUAAUGGAAAUUCUAAUCCCAGGAUUGACAAGGCGCCAUUAAUUGAUUUGGGUGCGACGUACAAUUAUGAUAGUGAAGGGAGCGAUUUGAUGGUUGAGGUUAAGGGAAGAAAUAAGAGAGAUAAGGAUCAGGUUUGCGAUCUUGUGAAGAAUAUGAAGAUUGAUGGUGGAGCUGAAGCAACCUGGUCUUGCUUGACCUGCACGUUUUUUAACGCCGCGGGGAAGGAAAUUUGCGAGAUGUGCGGAAAAUCUAGGAGGAAAGGUAAUGAAGAUAUUCCUCUGGCCAGUGGCGGGAAAGUGUGUCCUAAAUGCACGCUUGUUAAUGAGAAAGAAGCUCUUGUUUGCGAAGCCUGUCAGUUUAACCUCAAAGACUCGCCUACUUAUAUUUAAUGAUCAUUAUUAUUAAUUUUAGAGGAGAAAUUUAUUUAUUUGUUUUUUUUUUUUUUUUUAUUGAAUUACGGAAAUGAAUUAAGUGGAUAAAUUUGGCCUUAUUGAAUUGUAAAAAGUUAUUAGAUAAUUGUAUGAAUGAAUUUGUAAGAUAUUAAAUAUGUAUCGAUGCUUUUAUGUUAUUUUGGUUCAAUAAAUGUUGAAUUGUUGCUAUUGUUA